AUGGGUUUCACCAAGUACCCAAAGAUACCCCUCUCGACCAAGGACAUGCCAGACCUCCCCGCCGGCGCCGAGUGGAUCGUGACGGAGAAGCUGCAUGGCGCCAACUUUUCGGUCGCGUGCGACGCGGAUGGAAAAGUCGAGUUUGCAAAGCGGUCGGGGCCGCUGCCUCUCGAGGAGGACUUCUACUCGUUCAGGUCGCAACGCCUCGAUAGGCGGCUGCAAGAGCCGGCGCGGCGGGUCCGUGCGCUAGCCGUGCGGUGCGGUCUGGCCGCGUCCGGCGACAGCGUCUGUGUCUUCGGCGAACUGGUGGGUGGCCACUAUCCGCACCCCGAUGUGAAUCCCGUUCCUGGGCUGCAGCCGGUCCAGCGAGGCGUAUGGUACAGCCCCGACCUGCGCUUCAUCGGCUUUGACCUGGCAGUCACCCCGCACCAUCAGCCACCGCGCUAUACCGACUUUGACGCCGCCGCGAGCUGCUGCGAGGCGGCAGGGUUCCUGUUCGCCGCGGUGCUGGCUCGAGGGACGCUGCCGCACUGCCUCGAGUCGCCGAUUCGCUUCUCCUCGCGCCUCCCCGCCAGGCUUGGCCUGCCCUCAUUGGAGGAUGACAACCUGGCAGAGGGCGUCGUGGUCAGGACCGCCCGCGAGGGGCUGCCGCUGCGGACGCUCUUGAAGCGCAAGAUCGACGAGUUUGGUGAGACGCGCUACUCGAGCCCAAACUGGGCGGCGGCCAAGUCGGGAGGGGCGCGGGCGGCGAGCGGGCCGCACGACCUGCUUCGGUACGAGGCAAUGGCCCGUGUGACUGAGUCCCGGUUCGAGGCGGUGGAGUCCAAGACGGGACGGCUCGACGCGGCCGACAAAGUGGCAUGCCGCAAGGUGCUCGAGGACUUGAAGGAGGACGUGCGCCUCGCGCUGGUGGAGGACGGUGUCGCGUCGUCAGAGGCGGCGCUCGCCGAGGCGCUGAGCCAGGAGCUCUGUGACGAGCUGGACCGCGCUUGCCGAGGGCUGAUUGGGAGCGUGGUGGGGAGAAGGGCGCGGCAGGAGCGGUCGGCGCGAGGGGUGGGUGGGUAG